UCCAGGGGGCAGGGUGCCCAUUGCAGUGAGGGUGUCCAGGGGGCAGGGUGCCCAUUGCAGUGAGGGUGUCCAGGGGGCAGGGUGCCCAUUGCAGUAAGGGUGGUCCAGGGGGCAAGGUGCCCAUUGCAGUUAAGGUGUCCAGGGGGCAAGGUGCCCUUUGCAGUUAAGGUGUCCAGGGGGCAGGGUGCCCAUUGCAGUUAAGGUGUCCAGGGGUCAGGGUGCCCAUUGCAGUGAGGGUGUCCAGGGGACAGGGUGCCCAUUGCAGUGAGGGUGUCCAGGGAGCAAGGGGCCCAUUGCAGUGAGAGUGCCCUGGGGGCCCAUUACAGUGAGGGUGCCCAAGGAGCAGGGUUCUCAUUGCUGUGAGGGUGUCCAGGGGAUGGAGUGCCCCUUGCUGUGAGUGUGCUCAUUUUAAUGAGUGUCCAGGUUGGUCAGAGGACAUGUAGUAAAGAUAUCCAUGAAUUGUUGUGAAGUCCAUUGCCUGGGAAACACUUUUUAACACUCAGGAAAAUUAUAUAAUUGGGGUGGUUGAGAAAGUGUAGUAUAUUUUCCUGCCAUAUGUGGUUUUAGUAGGAUCUGAUUAACUGAAGUACAUUGGCUGACAGAAGCAUACUCAUAUCCUGGAACAUGCCGUGCACCUGUGGAAACUGGAGACGGUGGAUCCGGCCUUUGGUGGUAUUCCUGUAUAUAGUGGGUGUUGUGGUUGCUGUUCCUCUCUGUGUCUGGGAGCUGCAAAAAUCUGAGGUUGGAACUCACAAUAAAGCAUGGUUCACGGCUGGAAUUUUUGUAUUUAUGACAAUUCCAAUAUCACUUUGGGGUAUCUUGCAGCAUCUAGUGCAUUAUACUCAACCAGAAUUACAGAAGCCAAUAAUAAGGAUCCUAUGGAUGGUACCUAUUUACAGUUUAGACAGUUGGAUAGCCCUGAAAUAUCCUCAUAUCGCUAUAUAUGUCGAUACAUGUCGAGAAUGCUAUGAAGCAUAUGUCAUCUAUAACUUCAUGAUCUUCCUACUGAGCUAUUUGACGUAUCAGUACCCAAAUUUGGUGAUACUACUCGAAGCUAAAGAUCAACAGAAACAUCUGCCUCCUCUCUGCUGCUGUCCUUCUUGGCAUAUGGGAGAGGUGUUGCUGUUUAGGUGCAAGCUUGGAGUUUUGCAGUAUACCGUUGUCAGACCAUUUACAACAAUAAUUGCAUUAAUCUGCGAACUCGUUGGAGUUUAUGAUGAGGGGAAUUUCAGCUUCAAAAAUGCUUGGACGUACUUGGUUAUAAUUAACAAUCUUUCACAAAUAUUUGCCAUGUAUUGCCUUGUGCUGUUCUAUAAAGUACUGCGAAAUGAAUUGAACCCCAUCCAACCAGUGGGCAAGUUUCUCUGUGUGAAACUGGUUGUAUUUGUAUCCUUCUGGCAAGCUGCUUUGAUUGCAGUACUUGUGAAAGUUGGCAUAAUUUCUGAGAAACGUACAUGGGACUGGGAAAGUGUAGAAGCUGUCGCUACUGGUCUACAGGACUUUGUGAUUUGUAUUGAAAUGUUCUUUGCUGCGAUUGGUCAUCAUUAUAGCUUUUCCUACAAGCCAUAUGUACAGGAAGCUGAGGAAGGCUCCUGCUUGGAUUCUUUUCUUGCCAUGUGGGAUAUCUCUGACAUCAGAGCAGAUAUAUCGGAGCAAGUACGGAAUGUUGGUAGGACAGUGUUGGGUCGACCAAGGAAAACAAAUAUUGUGGUAGAAGAGGAGCACAAUGAACACACCAGCCUUCUGUCUUCAGCAAGCCAGGACCUGAAUUCUGACACUCCAUCUCUCCCACCAUCUCCAAUGGGAUACUACCAAGGAUUUGGACAAACACAUGCAGCUCUUGCACCCCAUCCUACAACAACUUUCCCAGCAACAAAUGAACCUAUUGACAAUUUAGCCAAAGAGCAAGAGAUUGAAGACUCCUUAAAUCCUGUGCCUAAUGAUUCAGCAUGAGUCUGGUAAAGACAUGUGUAUUGUAACUUCAGCUUCUGACUUGGAGGUCAUAUCUUUUAUUGGUACUUUGAAUAAUGACUCAAUUUGAAACUUGGAUAAAACUUAGAAAUCUAAUUCUGUAAAUUAAGAAAGCUAAAUAGGAGGAAAGGGAAAUAUUGAUCAAAUAGAUGCACAAAAUUCUAGAAUUCAUAGAACUAGCAUACUGUAUAUUAUGCAAGUAAUGUUAAAAUAUUGGCCAGAGCAUUACAGGGUCUUUCAACAUGCAAUAGUCUCUGAAAUUACUAAUUAACGAGCAAUUUUAGCAUCCAAAGUGGCUUAUAUAUACUGAACAUUAAUAGUCCUGUGAUACCUUGGCAACCAACACUACUUAAAUACUAUUCAUUUCCAUUCUACUUUAAAUUGCUGGAACAUUUCUUAGCCCUUUUUGAUACAAUGCUCAUUUAGUCAAAGUGACUAAGCAAUUAUAUUGUAUUUCCUAUUUAUCAGUUUAAUUUUAUUACUGAGAAUUUUGUUUGGAAGUGAUAUGAAGAGAAACGAGCCUUGCACAAAAGUUGCCCCGAUAAAGCUUGCUAUUAAAUUUAAGAGGAAAAUGUGACAGCUGGAAAAAGUGAGACUGUGUGCUGUUAACAGAGGAAUAAGUGCAGAAGUGGUGCAUAGUAGUUAAGUCAGGUGGAAGGAAGCAUGGCCACUGGUGUGAGGGGUCAGUUUAGUUUUUUUAAAUAAUGGUAAUUCAUUUUUCCUGAGCCAGCUAGUUGCAGUUCCAUAUCUUCCCAGCUUACCAUGUUUUACUGAAAUUCAAUCGGAAUUCUAAUAUGCAAGAAACUUGUGCUGGCUAGUAAUCUGAAAUGCAGGGCGGUGGAGCAGAGAAGGCAGUGGAAUCCCAAUACUGUUAACAGGCAGGAUAUUUUAGUACAUCUGAGCCACUUUAGUUCCAAUAACAUGCCAAAAUUGUUACAAUGCUGAGUUGCUGCUCAGAUUUAAUUAAAUGGAGACUUUUGCAUUUCUUACAUUGCUGUAACUUGGAAAAGGCAUAGUGAAAGUUCAGAGUGUACCAGGGAGACAGUGGACUAGUAUUCCAGAGACCCAGGGUAAUGCCCUGGGGACCACGGCAGAUGGUGAAAUUAGAAUUCAAUAAAAAUCUGGAAUUAAAAGUCUGACCAUCAACAAAACCAUUGCUGAUUUGUCAUAA